AUGGAGUCUCCACUCGAUCUAUCUCAAUCGACUACAGGCGAUAGACCUCCUGCGAAGAAGAAAGUCCCCGUUCGGUCAAGAUCCGGCUGCUUGACAUGUCGGAACAAACACUCAACAUGUGUCGCGAAGAGGCGUCGUGGAAGACCACCAAAGAAGAAACUUGACACAGCGUCCAUGUCGUCCUUUACUACCGCUAGCUCAACAUUGAGUCCCACUGGUGUCGUUGAUCAAGGAACCUUUGGAGAGUUUGUACUUGAUGUGCCACCAUCUGAGUCUGGACAUAGCGAACCCGUCGAGGAGGUGCAAUGCAGUACCGUGGCGGACAACUUCAUGACGCAGUUUUCCAUGGAUCUACCCGUUGAGGGACUUCCGAUUGAGGAGUUCUCUUGGAUCUCUGAUGCAUUAGACAUGUCGCUCACCUCCCAAAGCAUUACCGACAAUCACGAAUUAUCUCUCUUUCCGACGCAGCAGAACUAUUCGACAUUAUUUCUACCGCCACCAAUCACAGAUCUCUCCUCUCAACUUGUUGACUAUUGGUUUCGGGAUAUCUGUUCAUUGUGGUCGCAGUAUGAUUCACCCACCAAUGCGAAUCGCAUGAUGGCUACGGCACUCUGGUCCACAUCCGAGGCCGUUUCCACAAGUCUCCAAAGCAUGUCAUCAGCCUAUCUUUCCUCACGAAUGCCGCACAUGAAAAAGACUUCCAUCUCGAUGAUGAAGAAUGCAACCGAUGUCAUCGAGGCAGAGCUCCGCGCCGUCAAGUCAUCGCCGAAUCUCGACACCGUACCGAUGGGUUUGAUCUAUGGCCUUUUCUGUAUCGGUACGAGCAUUUGUUGGCUAAACGCUUCGCAAUUGGGUAUACCGUUUCUGAAAGAGGCCAAAGCGCUUCUUCAUCGUGUCAAUAAACAGAAGCGAAGACUUUCAGAGGAAGAGAGGAAGCUUUUGAACAUUUUCAACAAGAGCUGGCAAUACUGCGAGAUGUUGCUGUCUGUCGUCUCGGAUACGAACCGUUUCAUCUCGUAUGAAGCGGAAGAGGUCGAAGAGGUCGAUGACAUUAGUCUGGAUGAGUACCCAACAGCUGCACUUGCGGACCCCGUCGUCGACGACAUGCCACACCCUUGGACAGGCGUAUCGAAUACGGUCUCGAGACUGCUAACCCAGACGCUGCGACUGUGUCGUAACUACCGAUAUCACGUCAAACAUCCUGGCCCAUUUGCGACGCGCGAUCAUGCCACCGCUUUGAAGAUGAUCGAUGAAGCAAAAUCGCUGGAGGAGAAGUUGCUAGGUCUUGACUUUGAGUCUGCUCCUGCGAAUACAGAAACAGGAGAUCAGAAAACACCCUGCCGACACCUUGUCAAUGUUGCUGAGGCGUAUCGUCUAGCGGGUCUGAUCCACAUCUACCAGACCUUCCCAGAGCUUGUUCUGUUGAGACUACCAGAUGACCUGACGGGUCCAGCGGAUGUUCAUGUUCCCUGGGAAGAGUGCAUUACGCCUUUGAGUCUUCGUCUGGCUAAACUCAUUGAGCAGCUCCCUGCUGAUUCAGGGAGCAAAAUGACCCAGCCACUCCUUUGCAUAACAGCUAGCACUGGUCUACGCUUCGAACCCCCGGAUGCUUCAUGCACAACCCUUGAGUCACAAGUCCAAGCACCCGUUGCGACAUCAUCGCCUUUCAAUCUCGACAACACAGAGCAUUGUGGUCUUUCCGAUUACAUAGGCCAGCUCGUUCAAGCAGAUGAGGACAUUGAUCGUUUGUCUACCAUGACUGAGUCGCGAUUGGGGAUUGUAGAUACGCGCUGCUUUAUUAUCGGCAGGCUUAACGAUUUGGAGGCGUUACUGCCGCCGAGACCCAUUGUGAUAGCCAAGACGCUGGUACAGAAGAUAUGGGAUGAGUACGACAAGGAGAAGCCUAACUCGUUUUCGGUGCAUUGGAUUGAUGUGAUGGAGGAGAACAACUUGCGGUCUUUGUUUGGAUAG